AUGUAUAAAUCAGUGGUGUAUAAAGGAGAGGAGUUACUGGGAGAAGUAGAAAUAUAUGCACAAGAACAACAGCAAGAAGAAGAAGAGAACAAGAACAAGAAGAAGAGAGUGAUUGAUGAGAUACUGAAGGAAAUCAAAAUAAGCCAUUUCUCACCAACAAGUGAGAGAUGUCCACCACUUGCAGUGCUUCAUACAAUUACAUCUAUUGGUGUUUGCUUCAAAAUGGAAGAGUCAACAACAACAACAAAGAUCUUCUCUUCUCAACAAGAAUCGCCGCUUCAUCUUUUGCACUCCUCCUGUAUCCAAGAAAACAAGACUGCAGUAAUGCAUCUGGGAGGGGAGGAGCUCCAUUUGGUUGCAAUGCCCUCGAGGAGUAAUGAAAGACAGUAUCCAUGUUUCUGGGGUUUCAAUGUUGCACCAGGACUUUAUGACUCUUGUCUUGUCAUGCUGAACCUCAGAUGCCUUGGCAUUGUAUUUGAUCUUGAUGAAACUCUCAUAGUUGCAAAUACAAUGCGCUCAUUUGAAGAUAGAAUUGAUGCUUUGCAGCGGAAAAUAAGCACUGAGGUGGACCCACAGCGCAUUCUGGGUAUGCUGUCAGAGGUCAAGAGGUAUCAGGAUGACAAGAACAUUUUGAAGCAAUAUGUGGAAAACGAUCAGGUUGUUGAAAAUGGAAAAGUGAUCAAAACACAGUCUGAGGUUGUUUCGGCUCUGUCUGACAACCAUCAACCCAUGGUUCGCCCAUUGAUACGAUUGCAAGAGAAGAACAUUAUUUUGACUCGCAUCAAUCCACAGAUUCGUGAUACAAGUGUGCUUGUGAGGUUGAGACCUGCGUGGGAGGAUCUGAGAAGCUACUUGAUUGCUAGAGGACGCAAGCGCUUUGAGGUUUAUGUUUGCACAAUGGCUGAAAGAGAUUAUGCUUUAGAAAUGUGGAGGCUUUUGGAUCCAGAUUCAAACUUGAUAAACUCAAAAGAAUUGCUAAAUCGGAUUGUGUGCGUCAAGUCAGGUUUAAGAAAGUCAUUGUUCAAUGUAUUUCAAGAUGGAAUAUGCCACCCUAAGAUGGCAUUGGUCAUUGAUGAUCGCUUGAAAGUGUGGGAUGAGAAGGAUCAAUCUCGCGUGCACGUUGUUCCUGCAUUUGCUCCAUACUAUGCUCCUCAAGCUGAAGCAAAUAAUGCUGUUCCAGUCUUGUGUGUUGCGAGAAAUGUUGCUUGCAAUGUCAGAGGUGGUUUCUUCAAAGAAUUUGAUGAGGGCCUUCUGCAGAAGAUACCUGAAGUUGCAUAUGAAGAUGAUACCAAUAAUAUUCCUUCCCCUCCUGAUGUGAGCAACUACUUAGUUUCAGAGGAUGAUGCUUCUGCUACAAAUGGAAACAGAGAUCCACUUUCUUUUGAUGGCAUGGCAGAUGCUGAGGUUGAAAGACGGCUGAAGGAAGCAGUUUCAGCUUCUUCAACAAUCCUCUCAACAAUUCCUUCAACAGUCAGUAGCUUAGAUCCAAGGCUGCUCCAGUCUCUCCAGUACACAAUGGCAUCUUCUUCAAGCUCAAUGCCAGCAUCACAACCGUUGAUGCUGGCAUCACAGCAGCCAAUGCCAGCAUCACAACCACUAAUGCCUCCAUCACAACCAUCAAUGAUGCCAUUUCCCAGCACACAGUUUCCUCAGGCGGCUCCAUUAGUUAAACAGUUAGGAGGCCAGGUUGUUCCUCCAGAACCAAGCUUGCAAAGCUCUCCUGCUCGAGAAGAGGGUGAAGUACCUGAAUCUGAAUUAGAUCCUGAUACAAGGAGGCGGCUUCUUAUACUACAACAUGGGCAAGAUUCAAGAGACAAUGCACCAAGUGAAUCUCCAUUUCCCGCAAGAACUUCAUCACAAGUUUCAGCUCCACAUGUGCAAUCUCGUGGAAGCUGGGUCCCAGUGGAGGAAGAGAUGAGCCCUAGGCAACUGAACCGAACACCCAGAGAAUUUCCUCUAGAUUCGGAUCCAAUGGAUAUUGAAAAGCACCGACCUCAUCAUCCAUCCUUUUUCCCUAAGGUUGAGAGUAAUAUUCCAUCUGAUAGAAUGAUUCACGAUAAUCAAAGACUGCCAAAAGAGGCACCUUAUAGAGAUGAUCGUAUGAGGCUAAACCAUUCAACGUCCAAUUAUCAUUCUUUCCAAGGGGAGGAGACUCCAUUGAGUAGAUCAUCCAGCAACAGGGAUCUUGACUUGGAAUCUGAACGAGCUUUUGCAAGUGCAGAAACUCCAGUUGAAGCAUUACAGGAAAUUGCUCUUAAGUGUGGAACCAAGGUGGAAUUCAAGCCUGCUUUGGUUGCUAGCAGAGAUCUGCAGUUCUCCAUUGAGGCUUGGUUUGCAGGGGAGAAAGUUGGUGAAGGAACUGGUAAAACAAGAAGGGAAGCCCAACGUCAGGCAGCUGAGGGUUCUAUUAAGAAGUUAGCUGGCAUAUAUAUGUCACGUGCGAAGCCUGAUUCUGGGCCUAUGCUUGGGGAUUCAAGUAGAUAUACUAGUGCAAAUGACAAUGGGUUCUUGGGUAAUAUGAAUUCUUUUGGGAAUCAACCAUUGCCUAAAGAUGAGCUGGCCACAUAUUCAGCUGCUUCAGAGCCAUCCAGACUUCUGGAUCCAAGACUGGAAGGCUCUAAGAAAUCAAUGGGUUCUGUCACUGCACUCAAAGAAUUUUGCAUGACGGAGGGUCUUGGGGUAAAUUUUCUGGCACAGACUCCACUGUCAUCUAAUUCAAUACCGGGAGAGGAAGUACAUGCACAGGUUGAAAUAGAUGGACAGGUUUUGGGGAAGGGGAUUGGGUCAACAUGGGAUGAAGCUAAGAUGCAGGCUGCUGAAAAGGCCCUUGGAAGUCUAAGAACAAUGUUCGGUGGUCAAUAUACGGCGAAACGUCAGGUUUCACCUAGGCUAAUGCAAGGGAUGCCAAAUAAACGUCUAAAGCAAGAGUUUCCACGAGUUCUGCAGCGCAUGCCCUCUUCUGCUAGAUAUCCCAAGAAUGCUCCUCCUGUUCCUUGA